AUGAAGUGGACGCUUUUCAGGAGGCUGGCAGACAACCACCUGGUUUGUGACUGUCGAUUGACGUGGUUGGCAAGGUGGCUGAAUCGGCACCCGAGGUUGGGUCUUAACACUCGUUGCCAAGCGCCCGUUUUCCUGAGAGGACGAAAUCUGGCCGAGGUGGAUGAAGAUGAACUGCAGUGCAGCGGAAUCGAGAAUCAUCUGGAGACCGGGUGUCAGAGACUCAGCGUUUGUCCGCCGAUGUGCGCCUGCACCGAAUCGACCAUCGACUGUCGAGACCGAAGUCUGACACAGGUUCCGCCGAACUUGCCCGAUACAACGUCUGAGCUGUACGUUUCGUGCUUCUACACUUUUUAUGAUGCAUACGCAGAGUUUUGUAUUUCAGUGGAGACUGGAGCAAAACCGGAUUUCCUAUUUGCCCUCAAAAGCAUUUUCGAAUCUGAGGAACAUGAAACGACUGUGAUGACCUUAGCAACAACGCCAUCAGUCAAAUCGCCCCGGAUGCUUUUGAAGGCUUGGAAUCUCUCAGUUCACUGUACAAAAUGCGUUUUUUUUUGUUUUAGUGUUUUUUUUGUGAUUUUAUGGCUUUACAACUUGCAAUUGCUGCUUCUGAAUGCAAACAAACUGCAGUGUAUACGAAAGGAGACAUUCAGCGCUUUGUCUAACCUGAAUCUCCUGUCACUGUAUGAUAAUCAAAUCAAGUCGCUGGCCGACGGAACUUUCGCUGAUCUUAUACACCUCCAGACAUUGUAA